UUUUCUUGCACAUGUAAUAGAUGUAACUUGCACAACAACUUAUACAAUGUUCUUUGCUUUGAAGAAACUAUUUACUCCAUAAGGCGAACAUCAAUCAACUGGUUUCAGCAGCAAUUUUCAACGCAACUCAACUCGAACUACGCUAUGAACAUUUCAGAGGAUAUAAAAGGCCAAACGUCUAGUAACUUUGGAACUUCAUUCAAUCACUCUAGUCCUUCAAUUGAUUGGCAGGAAGCAGACUUCAUCGCUUACGCCACAAUCAUGAUUAUGAUCCUCACGCUUGGCUGCCUUGGUAACCUGUUGAUAAUAAUUGUCCUUUGUAAACCUUCGAAUCUGAGGGAGACCCUGACACCUCUCAUGUUAAACCUCGCAGUGGGCGAUCUAUUCGUCACCGUGUUUGGAUAUCCGACCCUGAUGGGCGACAUCUUAACAGGUGGGGACAUUCAAGCGGGUACAGGCCGGUGCAACUGGUAUGGAUUUGUGAAUGGUGCCGUAGGGAUAGCGUCUAUUGUCACUUUUACUGAAAUGAGCCUGGUCUUAAGUUACAGUAUGCAUCAAAUGAAUCCGAGAUUUAAACUCUCCCGGAAGACAAUCUUCCGUCUUAUUGGAGCUUCUUGGCUUUAUGGCGUGGGAUCGAUGUCGCCUCCCCUGUUUGGCUGGAACCGUUUUGUGCCAGGUGCUUCUAAGAUAAGCUGCGCCCCUGAUUGGACCGAUGUUACUCCAGCUGGCAUGGCAUACAGUAUAUUUCUUAUUACUGCUGGAUUUGUCUUGCCUAUCUUAGCUAUUUCUGUUGCUUGCUUUAAGAUUUUUAGGUAAGUAAACCAAUAGCUAUUAACUUUUUAUUUUGUAUUCUCCUUUAAAAGCUUUAUUUACCUAGUUGCUCAUCGCCACCUAAAAGCGAUAAACGUCAGUAAUUUUUGUGUCAUUGGAUCAGUGAAACAUAAAUUUCAACCGCAGUUUAACAAGAGGACGCUUUGAGGGCUUUCACAGAGCGAAUAUGGAUUUUCACAGUCAAAGCCCAGCUUGCACAUUUCGACCUCGGCUGAUAAAGCAAAAUUUAUUGCCUUGCCAUUCACGUUCCCAAGAGAACUUAAACUUUGGUCAUUUCACUUAGCCGAGGUUGCGCAGGAGGUGGCAAAGAAAUUGACAGAAAAGCGUGAUGCUCGUGCAAAGUUUUUGGUUUGCUUAUUAAUCGUUCUCGUUUGCCUUCGCCGUCGUAGCUUUGUAAGGUCCUAUAAUGUUCGUAGAACGUAUUGCCUCUUGUCGGACGGGUGUGGCUAGUGGUGGCUUUUUUUUACCGCCAGUCUCCCCUGGUUAAAUGUUCCUCAAUAUUAGCUAAAAGUCAAAUUUUCUCUUACUAUCUCUUUGUACCAUACCACUCCUGAUCAUAAGAGAGAUAAACUAAACUCAAGAUCUAGAUCCACUUCGUUUUCUUGUUUUGUUUUCUAACCAGGCUUCUUCGGCAAGACAUCGUUAAGGAUAAUGACCGCAUCAAACUGAGGCGAAGACGAUGGCAAUUGAACCUUUUGCGUCUGACGGCAACAGCAUUAGCUGCCUUCAUACUCAGCUGGUCGCCAUAUUGUUUUGUCAGUGUAAUCAGCAUUUUUAGAGGAAACAAUCUUCUUUCUCCUGGAGAAGCAGAAAUCCCUGCACUGAUGGCCAAAGCAUCAGUCAUUUAUAACCCCUUUGUGUACACUAUCUUAAAUAAACGUUUUAGAAUGACGCUUUGGGUUAAUCUAUCGCGUUUAUGUUGUAAAAAGUUCAAAUUCUUCAGCAAAUAUAAUAGGUCAAGU